AUGGAGAUCCUCAGAGAUAUGACGAAGAAGAAGUUGUUCUUGUCACAAAAAGCCUACAUUGAAAAGGUCUUAACGAGAUUUGGGAUGCUUAAUGUUAAGCUUAUCAAUACUCCAUGGGCUGCAAAUUUUCAUCCUACCAUGAGUGAUGAAAUGACUGAAGGGAAAACUGAUUAUAUGUCGCGAGUUCCUUAUGCUCGCGCUGUAGGAAGUCUGAUUUACGUUAUUGUCUGUGCAAGAUCAGAUCUUGCACAUGCAGUCAGUGUUGUGAGUUGGUUCAUAGUUCAGCCACGAAAGGAACACUGGAUGGCUGUGAAGAGGAUUUUCCGGUACCUUAAGGGUACAUCUGAUGUUGGUUUUGUCUAUGGAGAUAAGGAUCCAAGACUGUUUAUUGAGUAUUCUGAUUCGGAUUAUGUCGGAGAUGUGGACAGCAUGAGAUCUAUGACUGGUUACAUAUUUACUCUAGGUGGUUCUGUUGUGAGCUGGAAGGCGACUUUGCAAUUAACGGUGAUUUUGUCUACAACUGAGGCAGAGUAUAUGGCAUUGAAAGAAGCUGAUAAAGUAGUGAUAUGGUUGAGAAGAUUGUUCAGUGAUCUCAGUCUUCAUCAUAGUAAAGUUAUUGUGUUCUCAUUUUUGUUAUAA